AUGUCUGGGAUCGAACUUCUUGGUUUCGCCUGCAAUAUCAUGCAGGUGAUCAGCUUCAGUCGCGAGGUCAUAUCUCUCUGCUCGAAUGUCUACCAGGGAAAGCAUCCCGAUGCUGAGCUGGCAAAGCUUGCCACGUCUCUGCAGGUGGUAUCCUCGGGAGUACAGACACACUUCGACACCAUGCAACCGAGGACAGCCGAUGAGAAACGCCUUUGCGACAUUGCUACUCGAUGUGCCAUUGCCGCCCGCGAUCUUGAUGAGGAGGUCGGCUUCAUUACGUCCCGUCAUAAACAGGGGAAUCUGGCAUCUACGCUACGUAUUGCUGCCCAGACGGCAUGGCGAAAGCGCCGGCUAGAUAGGUUAGAGAAAUCCUUGACGGAACACGAACGUGUGCUCGACACACACUUAAUGGCGCGGGUAUGCAAACAAACGGAUGCCAUUGGGCUGAGACAACAGGAAGGCUUUGAUAAACUCGGAGCUGACAUCCAACAUUUUGUGUCACAAUAUGCGAUAGGCCACAAGAAGCUUCGUGAGUUGGUGAAAUCGGACAUGUCCCUUUCACAGAAACGGUCCGAGAAAGUCAUGAAGACACAUGUCACAAAAGAAAUAACGACAUCCAAAAUCGCUCUUGUAAAUCACAUUGACUCACAAGCUGAGAUAACUACCAAAACAAUUACACGACAUUUCCGUGAUCUCAACGCUCGGGGGAAGGACGAUAGCAGAGAAGAACAAUUUCUACGGAGCUUCAAAUAUCCGGCGAUGAAUGAGCGACGCAACUAUUUGACUGAGUCCCACGAAGGGACUUUCAAGUGGGUCUUCAGCCAAGACAAGCCUUCGAAUGACGAGGACAGAAGGACAGAUUACCAAGAUCCGCCUUGGGACAACUUUGAGGACUGGCUUAGAUCCGACAGCGACAUUUACUGGAUCUGCGGAAAGCCUGGAUCUGGCAAAAGUACAUUGAUGAAGUUUCUUGCCUCCAAUACUUUGACGAAAGAGGCAUUGCGAGCGUGGCGUCAUCAGGUAGUCAUUAUCUCUCAUUUCUUCUGGAAACCCGGAUCAGCAAAUCAAAGGAACGUCAAAGGACUGUUCGCUUCAUUACUCCACCAGUUGCUCACCCUCCGACAAGAUCUCCUGCAAGCAAUAUUGGAGAAUUCUAGUGAUUUAGGGCAGAAAGACUCGGACGCCGACUGGUCCGUGACAGAACUUCGAUCGUUGUGCUUAAGCACGAUGAGAAACUAUCCAUCCUCCAUAUGCAUAUUCCUGGACGGGCUAGAUGAAAUAUGCGACGAGGAAGGGUCAGGCUCAUUGAUGGAGAUCUUGGACACAAUGAAGGCAAUUCCGAGUGUGAAGAUAUGUGUUGCUAGCCGACCAGAGAAGCGCUUCGAAUGUCACUUGUCUCGGUUUCCUCACCUCAAGCUUCAAGGUCUGACUUCUAAGGACAUACGGCAUUACGCCGACCGAACAUUGCGGCCUUUCUGGAGUCGUCGUCAGGAUCUGUCGGUAUCGGUUCUGGACAAGGAAAUAUUGCCCGUGUUAAGCGAGAAAGCCCAGGGGGUGUUCCUCUGGAUCAGGCUUGCAGUGAAAAACUUGAUGAGUGGACUGGAGAACAGUGAUAGCGAUGAAGACUUGAUCUUGCGUCUACACGAUCUUCCAACAGAGAUAUCGCGGAUGUAUUACGAAAUGUGGGCUAGGCUCAACAAGAACACAAAAGUUUAUCGAGAAUCAACAGCCAAGUAUUUGAACCUGCUCAUUGCCCAUCGAGAACUGGAGGAUUAUGCGAGUAAGCAAGGUUACUCCAACAAACCAGCACGCGUCCUCGAGAUCAUGGGAGCCACAAAUUUAUCCCUCCAGUCCAGGUUGUUCACUACCGGCCAAGUACCAGCAGCAGAAGUCAUCAAUGACCAGUAUGACCGGACCCGAGAACUGAUAGAUAUGAGGUGCGUUGGCUUGGUAGAUACAACACCGUUGUGGAAGGCUCGCUCAAUACCUCGGAACAAUCAUCCUGAAGAGUGCCUUAAACCAAGCCUUAUACCGGACUUAUCCUUGAGAGCAACCUUCAUUCACCGAACUGCGUACGACUUUCUAGUAGAUACUGAGGAAGGCCACCACAUCCGGGCUUACGACUCUUCUUCAGUGGGUGAGAGGUAUCUCCAAGUGGUCCGAGGUCAACUGGUGGCAGCUGUUAUCAGUCAAAAUGAGUCCCUUUGCUCCUUACUCCCUAAAAUAGCUUUCACAAGUCGUUUUGUACCUCAACGUAUGACUUACGACUUCUUGAAAGUAUGCUGGAAGCUGCAUAAUCGCACCUCCAUUCGAUUCGAUUUUCUCCCGCGGCCAGAUGAGCCGCGGCCAGAUGACACCAGGCCUCACUUUUUGACUGCUCUAACCUGCCCUGAGUUCAAAGACUUCAUUUCGGUCAGCAUCAAAAAGAGCCCGAGGCCAUCGGCUCUAGCAACUGAGCUGCUCCGGGAUAUGCUACUCCGGGAUAUGCUGCUCCGGGAUAUGCGGGAUAUGCUGCGUCCCAUCAUGUUCAAUCAAUCUAGCUUCUUUUAUUUCAACCCGUUGAUAUCGCUAGGCGCUGAUCCGAAGCUCAGAGGUCCAUCGUAUCAGAUGAAUGCAGGGCCUUUGAACGGUGAUGGAGUAUUUCUAUAUUCCGUUACGCCGUUCCAGUUACUGCUCCAAAUUGAACUGAAACAUUCCUUAUUCAACCGGGUCAACAAGCCCCUCGAAAAUCCGACUCGUGUCGAGGUUCCAGUGGAACUCUUACAGCUUUUCAAGGAUAAGGACUCGGCAUUGAACGAGCCAUUAUGGAUGUCAUUGAGUAUUUCCCCGCACAUUUGUAACAUAGCUCCCCACGAGGGAUAUUGGGGGCGACUAGCGAGAUUUGAGGAGGGACCCAAUGAAACCAUGGACCCAGAAUGUCUACAGGAAACCAGGAUGAUUGUUGAGAUGAAAACAUCUUCUGUGCUAGAAGAUCUCUGUAGGCGACAUCGGGCUUAUUAUGGAAGAGCGAGAUCAUCUGCUCUAGUAACCUGCCUCGAAGAGCCAGCACAGUAUAUCUCCUGCAUAAACAUUCGCUAUCUUGAAUUCACUGAAUUUGUGGGGGGACACAUUAUGAGUUAUAGGGUAAGAGUUCGAGAAAGUACCCAAGACAUUGAGCCGCUCAUCGCAUCAUGGCUGUAUGGCGAAAUUGAAGAAUACCCUAGUGAAACAGUUUGGGGGGCAGUGAAACGACUUUAUUGCGACUUUGCAGCUGGUUCGACGAGAUACGAGAGGGUCUAUGGCGAUGUAAGGGCAAAUUUAGCGGAUGAAGGACUUGGGUUCUGCAGAGUCACCAAGGAGGAGGCCAAGGAACGCGCUCAGCACAUGAGAGAUGAAGAUAUUGAGGCUCCGGGCCACUGGCUUUGA